GGCAGCUCUUCAGGAAUGCUAUCAUGAAAAUACAGCUCUCAUCGGCACAUCUGUUGGGCACUUUGGCCUGGGGGAGAGGAAGGAGGCAGCCCUGAAGAGAGUGCAGAGGGGGGAUCCCUCUUGCCUUGCUCAGAGUCCUGUGGCAGGAGGCAGGACACAGCUAUGCCCCCAGUAAAUCAGCCUGUCUCCUUGCUCCUGCAGCCCUCCAUGGGUUGGUUCCCUUGCUGGGAUACUGGCAGGAGGGAGUAAGGGUGGGUUGUAAAUUCCUCCCUCCCUGCCACCCUGUAGCCAUGGGCCAUCUUGUUUGGGAACCAUGUAGCUCUGUGUAUAAGGACAGACCACCGUGUGUUCUGUUGCAUUUCUUCUUGAACGCAAGGAGAAAGCUGUUCUCCUUCUUUGGAAAGCAUGUUAUCAGCUAAAUUCUUCUACCUUUUUGUUUUUCCCUUCCUCCUUCUUGUUCCAUUUUAACAACCCCUACAAAUCUUGUUGCUGCUGGACUCUGCUAGAGAGUCAAGGUGAGCCUGUCCAGGUACCUGGGGUGCGUGUGGUCCAGGUGUUGGUGUUGUGUGUGUUGUACCUCCUGCAGGGUGUUGUGCUCCUGCCCAGAGCUUUGGGUUCUCUGGGACAUGAGCACAGCCUCCUUUUCCCUUCUGUCGUUUUUAAGUGAUUCGUGUUUCUUGCAUGUUGUGAAUUGCUGGGUACUCUGUGCCUUGGCUCCCAAGUUCUGGGCUUAUUGCAUUGCCCAUUUGUUUCCAAGUGCUAUGUGUGACUGGGGAAUACCACUGAUGGUGACUUAUCAAAUCCCCCCAGCAGGGGCUGAAAUAUGCAUUUUCAGCAAAGCUGUUUCACUGAUGCAGCAGACAGCCCCUCUUGAAGCUGUAAUUAAAGGCAAAUGUGCUGGAGCACUAUCCAGUGCAGCAUUGCUCCAGGUGGCACUAGAGGGUUGAAGAUGCUUGAUGCUGCAAUUUUUCCUCCCAUGGAGCAGCCCCAGAGUUGCCCAUGAGAAUGCCGACGGAUGGAGAGGUUCCGUCUUCAGGCUUCAUCUGCUGCCCCUGUGAAGGCACUCGCUCAACCCUUGUUGAAUGCUGUCAGCCCCCCUCCUCCUCCGUUCUCCUGUUUAGAAUGGAGAUUAAACAAACUGGGUUUCUAUUUGUCUAGAUUUGUUCAAUAAUAUUUAUUAAUUGGGAUCUUUGGAAGCAUCCUAGUUCAAAGUCUCUUGCAGCCCAUCAGUUGCCUGGGUGGCAGCAUGUGGGAUAUAAUUUGAUGUCUGCUCAAAGUGGACAGUGCAGAGGGAGGCAGGAUGCCUUGUACGCUCUUGCUUCCAGUAUGGGAUGAAGAGGGUGAAGUGAAAUAAGCAGUUGCCCAGCUCCAGACGCCCUCAUGGAAGUGGCUCAUUGCGCUGGUGUGGUGGCUCAUAGUGUGUUCAGCUGUGGGACUCCUUCCUGCAGGCUAAUGUUGACACUGAGAUGGGAUAAACUCCUGUGCUGGCCUCUGAGGGUGUCUCUGUGCUAAGCAGGCAGCAGGACUUGCCGCAUGCUCUGCUUCCCAUGGGAUCAGCACCUUCUCACCUCACUUUAUACCUUCUGCAACCUAGAAAUGUUCCCUUCCACAGAGCCCUGUGGGACUUGCUUUACUGUCCUGCUAUUGCUUUGUCUGCAUACAGUUGUGCUUGCUGGCUAGCCCAGAUGCCCACUGGAGUGUCUCGAAGAUGUAAACGCAAACCUGUGGGCUGUGUGAGGGAUCAUACUGAGAUCACAGUGUUGUGUGUUGGUCUCUGGCAAUGGUUUUGUUUGGGUCAGGAGGAGUCUCAGGAGGUCCAGCCCUCCAAGGUGUCUGCAUAAGCCCCUGGUAUUGUGUGCUUUUGCAUGUGGGGACAGUUGCUUGUGGCUCUUCGUGCUUUGCAGUGUCUAAUGAUGGCUCUUGUAAUAGUGGUCGCAGUAAUCUGGGCUUGUAUUUCUUCUCUGGCUCUUCCAAAAUAUCUCAUCUCUCUCUGUUUGGGACUGAAGAAAACCCCCCUUCCUUAUUCUCUGACUGUGCUGGUGAGGGGGCUCUGCUCUUUGUGCUGCAAAAGACACUCUGAGUACAUAUGGCUGCUGGGAGCUGUGGGUGCUUGGCCCCCCCGCAGCCUUGGGGAGCUUUGUAGCUGCAUUGUGACCAGUCUCUGCUUCAGGUGCUGUGGGACCAGAAUGGAGUGCUGAGGAGGGAACUGGAAAGGCUGCGUCUUCAGCUACAGGAGACCAGGGCUGAGAGAGGGCAGGAGGUUUCGGUGCCUCUAUCUUCUCAGCGAGAACAAGGCCAGUCCUCACAGGGCUCCUCUCUGCUGGUGUGCCGCUCUCCCAGCUCUCUGGUUCCCACUUCUGUGUGCACAGAGACGUCACUCUCAAUGGAGCAGCUCCAAAAGCAGCUGCAGGACCUGCAGGUGCAGCUGGAAACUAAGAUAAACUAUUAUGAGGAGGAAGUCAAGUUAAUGAGGAAAAACUUUGAGAGAGAGAGGAAGGACAGUGAGGAAAGCUUCAAAGUUGAGAUGUGCAAGAUGGAAGACCAGAAAAGAGACCUGGAAGAAACAGUUGCUAAGUACUGGGCUGUAACUGAUAGCCUGAAAGAGCAAAAAUGUGCGUGGAGUCUGAAGCUGGAGGAGAGGUUUGAGAUGGAGCAGGCCACGGUGGGACAACAGCACACUGAAGACAUUUACCAUCCAGGGCACCAGCUGGACCAGGAGGGAGAAGAGCUGAGGAUGCAACGCAGGGACAGAGAGAGCCUGAGGCCAGAACCAGAUGCGUGGCUCUCUGAAACUGGUCCUUCUCUGGGGAGACCAUGGUUUGCUGCUCUCUGGCCUGAAGCGGGUCAUAUCCCUCUCCCUGAGAGGAAACACCUGAGCAAGUUGGACAGAGAGAAGGUGGAGGACCUGGCUCAAAUAGCAGAGUUAACAGCAUCGAGUGAGACGAGCAAGGGGGAGGUCUCCCACCUGAAUGUCAAGAUGUGUCAGCUGGGCCGUGUACUCACUGAGCACAAGGCCGGCCACGGUGCUGGCCAUGGCACUGUCCAGUUGCGGAGCCAGAGGCUUGCGGAGGCUGAGUGGCUACAAGGAGCAGACACAGCCACAAGGCUGGAGCACCACCAGCAGCAUGCAGCAUGUUGGAUGGAGAUGGAGCUGCUCCGACAGCAGCUCAAGGCCUCGCAGGAGAAGCUCUUAGAAGCCAAAGCAAGCUUGAGCCUGGCCCAGACUCGGCAUGCUCUGCAGUUGCAGCAGGCCAAGGCCCAGAUGAACAACAUGGUGCCAAAGAAACAGUUUGAGCAGCUGCAAAUCAGCUUGAGAGAGGAACAGUGCAAGGGUCAGCAGCUCCAGGAAAACCUCCACCAGCAGGCUGAGCAGACACGCAAGCAGCUGGUCAGGACCCAGGAGGAAUACGAGCGUCUGCUGCAGGCAGCUGUGGAGCAGGCAGAGGAGCUGGAGCACAAUCUGAGGAGUGCUGAAGCUGUGCUGGCAGAGAGGGCAGCUCAGCUCAAAGAUGUUCAGGCCCAACUCUUCAGGAACAAGCUGCUGAUCGAAGACCUCCGUGAGGAGAGCAGGGAGUUUGCAAUGGCCCUGCAGGCAGCUGAGCUGAAGCAGAAGAGCAGUGAGGAGAAGAACCAGCUGUUGGAGAAGCAAGCCUCAGCUCUCAAGCAGCUCAUUGGAAAAAUCACGCCAGCAUCUCUGAGUGUGUGAUGGGGCACUCGCUGUGGCAGCCCUGCCUCUGGUCUUGGCUAGGGUUUGUCAGGUGCAGAAGGGGAGGUAUGGCUGGGUUGGGAAAUCAGCCUUGUCCUCCCUGGUCUUGCCUGGAUUUUCCUGGGUAGAAAGUAGAAAACGGAGAAACCAGUGUCCUUUAAGGAAAUUGGUACUGUGAUAACUGAAUUUUCCUACUGAAAACACCAAGCACCAGCUUUGGUGCCUUUCUCACUGGCAGUGUGUGAUGUUUUAAGUAAGUCAGGUCUGUCUCAGGGCAGCCAUCCCACAGGAGCUGCCUGCACUCUGGCAGCAUGUUUGGUGGUGGUGCAGAUGCUCACUGAGCCGGGCUGCUGUUGGGACCACGCUGUUAUGGCUGGAAAGCCAGGGCACGGGGGCUUGUAGGUUCCUGCAUCUGGCUCAGUCCCAGCCGGAAAGCUGUGUCGUGGCAUAAAAAUGAUUGCAAUAUUACAGCACA